GCACCCAAAGCGUCCUGUUAUGCAACAACUGACCUACUAACAUACAUUUAGAGACUCGGAGAGAGAAGCAAAGAGAGAGAGAGAGGGAGAGAGAGAGAGAGAGAGAGAAAGAAAGGAGUAAACAGAAAAAGGGAGCAAGAGAGAGAAGAAGAGAGAGGGGAAUUGGAGCAAGUCACUAACAUGAUAUGAGGAGCGCACGGAAAUCAAGCAUCACUGUGUUCAUAGUCCUGCACGUACCUGCACUAAUCGGAGAGCCUAUGUUUUGGAAGUGACGGUCGGUGUGUGACCGGCCCAUGCGCAAAGCGGAUUGUUGACGGGAAGCGGGAUUGCCUGUGCCCCAAGUGGAUUGUUUUUUAUGCAAAAAGCCUCUCAUCUCCCAGUUAACUGCAGAGAGAAGAGAGACAGGAGGAGGCAGCGACGGUCCCCAAGAGACUGACAUGCUGAGGUAGACGGGCCGACCUACAUCCUGCUGUUUGAGUGAAGAUCUAGGACACUUCUCUGCCAGCUUAGCUCAGUGUACAUUUCCUGUGCUAAACAUUUGACAAGCAGCAGCAGAAGAACAGGAGGAAAAAACUGUAUCACCCACAGAGUUGUAGACUGUGGGUUUUUCCCCUCUUCAUAUUCAAGACUGAUGUGAUCCACUUAGGGUCUCCGAUAUUUUGAAGAGCCUGGACACGGAACUAAAAACCCUUUAAGUGGAUAAAUGAGGGUUGCUACUGCUGAGCUCCAUCUCAACUAAUUUGGACACAGGAGUACCCUCUGGCAAUUUAGACUGAAUAUUCCAUAGACAAGAACUUUGAGAGAAAACUCAAGAGAAGAAAAAAAGGGCGCCUUCUCCCUUUGACCUCUGACUUGGUUUACCACCAGUUGUCUAAGCAACAUUUCAAGCUGGCUGCCAUUAGACAAGAAUGGAAAAUCUGACUUCAGCACUCAAAACAUUAAACAAAACCUCAGGGAAUAACAUUAACUGCCUUGAGACUUUCAACAAUUAUGAAGAGUCUCUACCUGGUGUAACAGGGACUUCACCUCGUAUGGGGCGACUUGUCAAACCCAAACCCAAUAUGACCUGCAGACGAAAACGAGAGUUCAUUUCUGAUGAAAAGAAGGAUGCCUCUUAUUGGGAGAAACGUCGUAAGAACAACGAGGCAGCCAAGCGCUCCCGGGAGAAGCGACGUCUCAAUGACAUGGUUCUGGAGAACCGUGUUAUUGCACUGAACGAUGAAAAUGUCAGGCUCAAGACAGAGCUGCUCCAACUGAAACUGCGCUUUGGUCUUAUAAGCACUGCCUCCUACAUUGAAAAGAGCCAGCAGAUUGGAGGGGGUAACAACACAGGAAAUGGAGGCGCUUCAUCCUCCACAACCUCUUCUACUCCGUAUUACUCCAGUGGUUACUCCAGCGGCUCUCAGGUGAUGAUCAAUUCUGACUCAUCUGAAACAGAGCAGUCAGGACGGAGUGAGGGCCACAGGCAGCUGGUGAAAUACUCCCCACGUGGUUCCCUGUCUGACAUGUCUGAUGGUUCCUCCAGGGACAGCCCCGAGCCAAUUCCCUUUGAGAUCAAACAGGAGGGUGACAGGUUGGAGAUGGACAUUGCCAAUGGCACCACCACUCAGAUCAUGUUCAACAUUCACCGUGGUUUAUCCUCUGUACCCACUCACCACCAGAUCCAGCAGCAUUCUCAGGAACUGGAGGUUGCAUAUCAAAGCCAGCAGCAGCAGCACCACCUUCACCAACAACCACCAACUCAUCAGGAGCCUGUUACUGCAGUCAACACUGUUAGCCAGCCAGCCCCUCACCCAGCUGCUGCCCAAACAAGCGUCAUUUUGUACAGCUCCACCAGUGCCUCAUAUCACAUGGACACCCUGACUAGGCCUCAAGAUAUAGAUCUGCAGGCAGUGCAGAAGCAGAACAGCAGCAACAGUCAGACAUGUAUCAGUCGUCUACCCCAGACCAACACAGAAAACUCCACCGAGACACUGGCUGAGGUGACAAAACAGCUGGAGAGGAAGACUUUAGACUCUCCUCCAUAUGAGCUUGCAGACAGCCGUAAUGAGGUUGGAGACAGACAGGUGGUCAGAGCUUGCCAACUUCCACAGAAGCACCUACAGCAGGAGCAGCACCAGCAGGAGAGUGAUUCCGCUGCAGAGCUCCUCCACAAACAAAUGGAGCAGGUCAAUCACACUCACUUGUACCACCAUUUCCAACAGCCUCAUUCAUACCUCAGUACCCAAGAUGAGGAACCACCUGAGCUAACCUUUGAGGGUGGGCCUGGGAAUGAAGCUUACUACCAAGUACAGUCAAGUUCCCCCAGCAAAGACACAUCAUCCAGCGAUGGAGAUCCUCGCAGCUCGGACAAAGAGGCCUCCACGGAUGACGACGAGUCCCCCUCCUCAUCCUGCUCAGAUAUGGGCAGCUAUCAUAAUCAACAUCUUUCUGGCCUCCACCAGCCUACAUCACCUCUGCACCCAUCCCAUAGCUGCUCUCAGGCCCAGGCUCGGGACCCCCAGGGGGAGGUGAAGGGCACAGCAUUGCCCCACAAACUAAGACUGAAACAUCGUGCCAUGAGCACGGGGAGCAGUGGCAGCAACUGCUCUGGCCAGGAAUCUCCGACGACCCCUCCCUCUGCCACACCACCUCCUCUUCCCCAGCAUCCCUACUUAUCCCUCACACCACAACAGAACAUUAAGAGCCUGAGUGGAGCUUGUAAGCAUGGGGCCUCAGGGGAAGGGACAAGGAGAGAGAAUGGGAAAAAGGAGGCAGGUGGACGACGAAACAAGAGGAGAGACUAGGUGACAAUUACUGUUAGAGCUUGUCACUAAUUAAGCAAUUUCAAACGCUUGAUUUAAAAAAAACGAAAACAAUAUCCCCUGUUGAGAAAUACCCAGCCAUCAUGCCUUUGCCCUAUAAUCAAAUUCACAUCUUGAGCCAUUGGGACAAAAAGUCGGGAUGCAUUUGUAGCCCCCUUUAAUGUCAUCAAAAAGGCUUGACAUCUUGUAGGGCUGUAUUAUAUUUGUAAAUAUUGUAUAGAUUUGUCAUUUCUUACAUCUUCUCCAUAUUUACAGAAGCACUUUUGUUUAUGUGAUGAGAGGAGGAAUGGAACUGACUCCUUUUUCUAUUUGUCAUCCAACACUGGCACACCAGUGACAGCAUAGUUUUAAUCACUUACAAACAAGAAUGUAGGAAAAUUAAAAGUUUUAAGCUUUAUCAUUGCUAUAAAUUUGAAACAUAUCUGACUGUAGACAAACAUACACAUGUAUGGCUAUCUGCCUUAAUAAAAAUCAAAUGCAAGUACACUGGGGACAUUCCCUUGACCAAAGAAGAACCAACAUCACCAAACACUACAAAUACUAAAGUUCCAUGCCUCUUCCCAGACGCUACCUCUACCAGCCUGUACUCUCCCCACCCAUCAACAUUAUCUCACAAGAGAUCACUAUCAUCUUUAUUUUUUAAGCAGUUGGUUUUGUAUAAUACUGAAAUAUAUGAAUAUAUGUAUCUAUUAUAAAUAUAUAUUUUACAAAUAAAUUUGAAUACAAAUUCAACAAAAAUGAGACAAACGUGCAUUGAUAAAAGGAUUUUGAAAGUGACCGUCCUAUUAUCAAUCCCAAUUACUGUACAGCCACAUUGUCUACUGUUCCUACAGGACCCAUUCAAAAAUGCCUCUCUUUUGAUUGUUAAGCUUUGCAUUAAUGUCAUUUGUUAAUGCCCUGUUUACACAGAAUUGGCCAUCCGGUUUGGAGCGGCAGCAGCACUGAAUGGAGAUCAUGUUGUUUCCUGAGGCAACCGCCUCAUUAAAAUGUUUGGAUUUCUUAACCUUUAACCAGCCUUUAAAUACUUGGUGGAAUUCACCAGCUGCAGGCUAGAUGCCUUUACCUUAUUUGAGCUUUAUCAACCAUAUCUUGAUGUUGUUACCAUUCACUGGCCCAAUGUAUUUAUUUCCCUCUUCUCCAUAUGGUCAUCACUGUAAAAAAAUAAAUAAAUAAAUAAAGCCCACAGGGACAUAGACCACGAAUGUGUACAGACCUUUAAAGACACAAACUGCAGCCUUGAGUUUGAACAGUAAAGUAGGCAUUUGAUCUCUGGGGUAAAAGUAGGAGGAAAACCAUAGCUAUGUAAACACACUACAAUGCACUGAGGUCUGAACAGGAGGAAACCAAAAAAAAAACAUGAGUUCCUCUUAUUUACAGAUAUAAGGAGACAGCCCUCCAUAGUUACCUUAUAUUUACCGGCAUGCAAUUUGGUUUUGUAGUGUGACCAAGCAUUGCCUCUGAGGCUCAUACAAGACUCAAGAAUUACAUUUAAAUAACUAAAUGAAUUAAUGCAAAGUAAAAGAUAAACACUUAAUGUCUCUAUAAUGUCAUUUGGAGUUAAUGUUAAAUGCUAAAAUUCUCCUUUAAGCAACAGAACAGAUAAUCGGAGUCUAAAAAUAAUGAAGAAAAGGACUUGAGUGCCUCUGGUAUCCAUGCCAGAGGUUAUUCAUCCCACUUAUUGUAGUUCUGCUAUUGGGCAGUGAUAAAGUUCCUGCACUGGAUCCUAGUUGAAGAAAGUCUAUGUACCGUGUUUGGCUUUUUGGUGCCUGUGUAUAAAUGUAAAGAUGCCCUAUCCCUGAACAACACUGUAAUAUUUUGUUUUUUUGUUUAUUUUCCAUCAGUUUUAUAUCCUCUUUUUUUUUUUGCAAGGUGUUGUUCCGUUUUCCCCUCUACUGUGUCUUUCUCCUAUUGACUGUGAUGACAUGUAUUUGCCUCAUUCCUCCUCCCCCUCCCCUUUUUUCAGUGUGUAUUAAUCAGUAAUGUUUGUGGUUUUGCUGAUGGUUUUAUGAAAAAGACAAGAGGAAU